AAGUCAUAUUACUUUAGUAAAAAUGGCGUUAGUAAACUUUUCGAAUUUUCUUUGUUUUAUUCUGUGUGUCAUGGUAUCUACGAAAGGUACGUUAUGUCAUUUGGAUUUUAAUGACGGGAUGAUACUGAAACUCAUCGAUAAAGUUGAAAGCAUGCAGGAAAAGAUUAACAAGUUGGAAAAGGACAACCGGGAUCUGAAACAAUCUAUAAGUGUGUUAAUAGGAACUACAGCACGAUUUCGACUACAUAUAGAUGACCUGACAAACAGGGUGUCUAAAUGUGAAGGGAAAGAACCUGAGACUCAUAGUAGCAUUGUGCAACUGAGUAACAAUGUACCUAAAAUACCUUCAGACGACAGAAGUGAAUCAAAUAUACAACAGAACUGUCAGGAUAACGACAGAGACUCGGAACAUACAAAUUCUAAACAAAAUGUUCACCGAAAAAAUAGACGUCAAACGUCGGAUAAUAUUGCAUUCACUGCGUAUUUGGAUCACGUGAUCAGAAAUUUGGGCAAAGACCAGCCAGUCGUGUACAACCAGAUUCUUCUAAAUGACGGCCAAGCAUACAGUGACAAAACCGGAAUAUUCCGAGUGCCUGUUUCCGGGGUUUAUCUUCUAUCUUGGUCAGUGACGGCCAGAAAGUUACCAGGAGAGCAUGCAUAUGAUGUAUGGGUCAAACUUGUUGUUAAUGGAGUUCAUCAGGUAGUCAUGACAGGAGCAGUUGCUGAGAGUAGAGACGAUUGGGACGAUAACCAGGGAAGUAACUCUGUCGUUUUACGUCUGAACCAAGGUGACGAGGUAUGGACGUCACAUUACUUCAGCUACCCGGAUGUGUUUGGUGACGAUACUGAGAGAACAGCAUCGUUCAUGGGUGUUCUUCUUUAUGUUGAUCAAUGAAAUAUUGCACUUAAAUAGUACGAGACAUUAAAUCAAAUAUGAAAGUUUUGUAUUCAUUUAUAUUAAUUUGGAUAGCUGAACGAAUAUGGAAUAUGAAGAUAUGUAUAUAGGAAUGGCACACCUCUUUCACAUCAACGACUAACAUGCAAAUGUCUACAAAUAAAUUUGCUGUUUAAAGAACACAAUACAUAUUUUGAGAAAUUUAGAAGGUGAUUAAAAAAACGGAGUAAAUUAA